AUGGAAAUCCGUUUUGGACACGUUCCACUCACCAUUACGCGCAGGUACGGCGGGGUGAACCAGCUCGGUGGAGUCUUCAUUAACGGGCGCCCCUUACCGCACGCAGCGAGACGGAGCAUCGUGGAGCUCGCGCAACAGGGCGUGCGUCCCUGUGAGAUCUCCCGUCACCUGCGCGUCAGUCACGGCUGUGUCAGCAAAAUACUGUCCAGGUACAAUGAGACUGGGAGCAUCAGACCAGGGGUGAUUGGAGGAUCUAAGCCCAAAGUGGCUACACCCAGGGUGGUGCAAACAAUACUGCACCUGAAGCACAUAAACCCCACCAUGUUCGCCUGGGAGAUCCGGGACAGACUCCUGCUGGAGCGAGUGUGUGACGAGGACAGUGUGCCCAGCAUCAGCUCUAUCAACAGGUAG